CGUGCAUGUAAACAAGUGGCUGCUCCGAGGCGGGUGGGGACUCACGCCUUUACCAUUUUCCACAUUAUAACGUAUUUCCACCUGUGUUCUGCCGCCACCAUGCAUGCCUUGUUGAGCCGGCCCCUGCAGAGUGUCCGUGGCUCACUCGGCGGGCUGUAGUAGCGCUAGACACGGGGACGGGUGUUAGGUAAUGGCAGGGAGGCGCUCAAGGUCUCGCCUGUACGGAGAAUCAUUGAGUUGCCUAAAAAGUUUGUACCCAACGCUUUGCUAUCCGCCAGUGAGAAAAUUAUGGCAAUGCUCUCUAUUACUUGGGGGUAGUUGAGGUGAAUUUUGGCUGGGGUGAGGAGGCAGGCUGCUCCACGGUCACAUUGGGUGUGGCCUCCACCUCCGCUACGCUCUCCCACACUUUAGUGCUGUGUCGCAUCACCUGUCUCACUUCUGUAUGUCGUGAGUGUGAGGGGACCAUCAUGGCAUGGUCGGGAGGCACCAGCAAGAGCACCACCACCACCACACCCUCCAACGGCGCCUUCUCCCGCCUCCGCAACAUGCAGGAGGCCGACCUCAGCUCCUCAGAAGAGUGCCUGGUCUACACCCCUGGCAGCAGCAGUGGCUCCAAGGGUGGCUCCAGCGCAGGCAGCUUUGCACCAGCUUCCUCAGCAGCCUUGCCCUCCAACCACCAGGCCAACAUGAGCCAGGCUGCUGCCAUACCUCUCUCUGCAGGAAACAGCCUUGAUGGUAAUUCCUCAGCCCCACCACCCUCCCCUGCCUCCCCCACCCUGUACACCAGCCACUCCAGCCAUACAUCAGUACCCAAGGCCUCCAGCAGCCCCCUCAGUGGUGAUGGGGUAGGUGGGUCGGCUGGGUGCGUCCUCCCAUCACCAGUCUACAAUCACCCUCCCAUAGGCCCCCCUGUCCAUCCCUCCCUCGUGCCUGUAUCCCCCCCGUCUGCCCUCCCCAUCGGCCUGCAGUCCUCUGUUGGCUCACUUCCCCCUCUGAAUUCUGUAGGCCACCCUCCCCCUCCUCCUCCCCCCCCACCACCACCGCCAACACUUGCUGGAGCAGAAUCUCUCCUGCCAAACGUAAUCUCUAGCAAUGGUGCCCCCACACCUGCCCCCACCCCUGUCUCCCCCACCCCUCCAUGCAGUGGUCCUUCCCUCUCCCCUGCUGCCAGUGGGGUUGGUGGUGGCAGUAAUGUUGUGCCACUCCCCACCGCCACCACUGCUGCCUCCACUGCCACUACCACCUCCAACACUGUUGCCGCUGCCCCUGCCGCCCCCACCAACAACAACGGAGGGGGGUCUCCUCCCCCCUACAACUGGCAGGCCAACAUGACCACUGUGAAGGAAAGGUUUGCUUUCUUGUUCAACAAUGAGAUUCUGAGUGACGUCCACUUCCUGGUGGGUAAAGGAGACUCCUGCCAGAGGAUCCCAGCCCACAGGUUUGUGCUGGCAGUGGGCAGUGCCGUGUUUGAUGCCAUGUUCAAUGGGCAGCUCAGCACCCGCCAGGACCAGAUAGAACUGCCAGAUGUGGAGCCUCAAGCCUUCCUGGCACUGCUCAGGUUCUUGUACAGUGACGAAGUUCAGAUUGGGCCGGAGACGGUGAUGACGGUGCUGUACACAGCCAAGAAGUACGCAGUGCCUGCCCUGGAGCAGGCGUGUGUUGACUUCCUGAAGAGGAAUCUCUCUCCAGACAAUGCCUUCAUGUUGCUCACUCAGGCCAGACUCUUUGAUGAGCCUCAGUUGGCUGCACUCUGCCUGGAGACCAUCGACAAAAACACAGCUGACUCCCUAGCUGCUGAGGGCUUCACGGACCUGGACAGCAGCACCCUCUGCAUGGUGCUGGAGCGAGACACGCUGCGCAUCCGGGAGGCCAAGCUCUUUGAGGCAGCUGUCAGGUGGUCGGAGGCAGAGUGUGAGCGUGCAGCAUUGUCGGUAACAGGAGCAAACCAAAGGAAGCUGCUCGGACCUGCUUUGUCCCUGAUCCGCUUCCCCCUUAUGACAGUGGAGGAGUUUGCUCAGGGGCCGGCCCAAUCUGGCAUCCUCACUGACAGGGAGGUGGUGCAGCUCUUCCUCCACUUUACGGUGAACCCGAAGCCCCCAGUGAACUUCCUGGACAUUCCCCGCUGCUGCAUGACAGGCAAAGAGCAGACCGUGUGUAGGUUCCAGCAGAUUGAGUCCCGUUGGGGGUACUCAGGAACCAGUGACCGGAUCAGGUUCAUCGUAGACCGGCGGAUAUUUGUGGUUGGGUUUGGCAUGUACGGCUCCAUCCACGGCCCCUCGGAGUAUGAAGUUACCAUCCAGAUCAUCCACACGGCCACUGGGAAGGUGUGUGCAAGCAAUGACACCAGCUUCACUUCUGACGGCACCGUCAACACCUUCCGUGUCAUGUUCAAGGAGCCGGUGGAGGUGCUGCCCAACACCAACUACACUGCCUAUGCUACACUCAAGGGUCCAGAUUCUCACUAUGGGACAAAAGGUGUGAGGAAGGUGGCAGUGGAGUGUCCCUCAGGAGACCGAGCCACCUUCCAGUUCACCUACGCUGCAGGCAACAACAAUGGCACCUCAGUGGAGGAUGGGCAGAUACCGGAGAUCAUCUUCUACACCUAAGGCCGUCCAGACCAAGCGGGUGCAGCGGCUGUACUCUCAGCUUUGGUACGAGUUUCUCAAAGUUGUUGGUUCAUUUGUAUUUUCUUGAAAGUUGUAUGAUGGAAGGAAGUUUGACAUGAAGUCCUAGUGUCAGGGGUGGGUUUGAGAUGAAGCAUUUAGCAGUGAUCAUGAUGGAGUAAUGUUUUUUAUGCAUUGCAGUUAAGAAAUAAGCCUCUGGAAACGAUACUCUAAUGUUGGAUAUGUAGUACUCUACAAAACCACUUCUCCAUAUUAGGAAUGAGUCAAAUACAGAAGCUGCUGACCACAGUAGAAUAGAGACUUCUGAUUACUGUUUCUUUGUCAAGAAUGCAGUUGAGAAGCAAACAAUAUGUAAAUCACAAGUAAAUCAGAAGGGAACUAAAUUUAUUGGUAUUUGGCAACUUGGCAUCAAUUAUGUUUGUAUGAUGCUGAUAAAUCUUAAUAAAGCCAUAGAAAAAUGCUGAAAAACUAAUUAGGAUUGCUGUAAAGCAGUUAGUUAUGCCUGUGCUCUGGCAAGUGGUAACCCCACCCACCCCGUGCAUGGUGUGAGGAGCUGCGAGUUUGUAUGUUUCUGUGGUGCAAGAGGUGAGACUUGAGUGCAGGAGUCUGACUCCCUCCUAACUUCUUUGCCAAAUAGGAUGACAGUCUUGAAAGUAGACUUGUGGCUGUACACAGUCUGGCACAUCUUGCAACUAUAUAAGGUUGGCCAGGUGACUUUGUUGAGCAUGAGUUAAUAAUGUGUGUGUCGUUUACCAUGGUCUGAUCACGUGCUGGACUUGUGGUCGCCAGUCAGUACCCUCAUUUUGAGCUUGGUGGUAUGUAUUCAUGGAUCUUUGGGUACAGCUGGGACCUCACUUCAUGCCCACACACACCUGGGAGGUGGGACACAAGCCCCAUCUAAAACCCAGUGCCCAUGACAUGGGUGAAAGUAGGCUACCCAUCCAUCUCCAGUCCACCCAGGAAUCAAACAUGGGACCUCUCAGUUGUGAGGUGAGCGUGCUAACCACUGCACUAAAGAGCUCUUCGUGUGAGUGUGUGCAGGGGAGAGGAAAUGGUUACUGAGCAAUCUUUCCUCUUGUUCAAACUUUUUUCCUUUCUCCAAUCUACUUUUCCCUCCUGCUACUUGGUGUGGUAAUGGUGUGAUAGUGAUGGUAACAGACAUGUCAGGAUGGAAAGUUGAGCUUCAUAUAUUGGCUUCCACCCAAGGAUGUUCCUUCACCAGAGCAUUUAAGGGCUUUGGGAAAUGGAUCCUCCCAAAAGUGACUAAUAGAAUGGGUAACAGAGACUUACAAGAUAGGCAACUGUUCAUUGAAACUGAAAAUCUCACCCAUGAACAAGAUUAAAAAAUACACAAAAUUACACUGACCCAUUUGUGUAUAUGAUUAUAACUUUUGUAUUGAGUAAAUGAAUCUCAGAAGAUACUGAUCUAAAAGAGCAAAGGCAUGUGUAGUGUGUGUAUGUGUAUGUUCAUGUGUGUGUGUGUGUGUGUGUCCAGUGCAGCACCUGAACUGUGCUCUUAGCCAUUAGAUAUUAAAGGUGGUUGGUGUCAAGAGGCAUUCUUGGUUUAUUUGUUGUAUUUCAUGUAUUACUUUUUCCUCUUCUUGAGCAUUAUGGAUUAGACUGGCUGUGGUGUUGGUAGUGGGCUUGUGCUGACCUAGACACUCUUCAUAGCUCCCCCAUAAUAUUAGUGAGUAUUACAUCACAACUUUUUUGCUCAAGCAGAGUAUUAUGGUAAUUGAUUUCAUGUAGUAUAUGUUUAUGCUUUACAGCUGGAACCUAUGUACUCAGAAAACUUCAUCAUUGUCUGCACUCAUAUAUUUGUCAGACUUGGUGCGUUUAGCUAGUUUAGGCACUCUUAUUAAGGUAUUCUGUAUGCUCUUUGCAGUAUAGUUUAUGUAUGAGGAGAUGGAUGUGGACAAUUUUGUGGUACUGAGCAAAGAAAAAUAGCAUAAACUGGAAUAAUUGAUUAACUGUUGAUAGACACUUGUCAUAUUCUGUGAUGUAUCAAGUUUAAGGUUAUUAAUGGGUUGCUGGGAAGAAAAAAUGGCCUCAAGCAGACUGUUUGUUGUAAAUUAGUAAUCUAGGAAGGUGGUGGUGCUUCAGCUGCCACCCCCAGCCUGACCCAGUGCUGCCAUUAUCCAUCCUGCCCUGCCAGCUGUACACAUAUCAAAUCCUUGGCUUACCUUACCAAGGUUCCAGCCAAGUGACUUCACAGCACCAUUCAUUUCUCUCGAACACUAUCUACAACUUUCCAUCCCCCAAUAAUACUAUCCAAGAGACUGUCCAUAAACUUUCUGUCUUCCUCCUACUGCUACACCUUCCACUCUCCUCAACAGUCACUCUCAAGACCUUCAUCUCUAAUAUGGCCCACAAACUUCAGCUCUCUUCUGAUACAUUUCAUGAUAUUUCUCUCCAUUCCUGUAUUUCUCAAUACUUCUUUGUAACUCAAGCAGUCCAAGGAAUCCUUAACCUGUACAAAGCGAUACACCCCUAUCUGGUCGCUCUCAGGAAGAAGCGAAGCACCCGGUUUUGGCCAGCCCUAUCAGGCUAAUUUCGGCAUAGUCGUAGGCGAUAGCAACACCCGACAACUCCAGUUGACCCCGUGUGGGGCAUGACUUCCAUGUUUACCCACGCGGUUUAUCUAAACACAUAAAAUAUUCUGUAAUUAUGACAUUGAUUUGAUAAACAGGUUUACUGUCUGCUAAAAAAAAAGCAAGACAACCAUAUUGGUACAGUUUUCAAAUAAUUUGUCACAGUAAGUUUGAAGACCAUAGUCUCGCUUCAGAAGAUGAGCUUUGCUACUUGGGAGCUGCUUUCUUGGAGGUGAAGGUGGCAUGACUUCCAUGUUUAGCCACGCGGUUUAUCUAAACAUGAAAUAUUCUGUAAUUACGGUAUCGUUUUGAAAAUCAAGUUCACUUUCAGCUUAAGAAAGCUAGACAAGCAGAUUGGUACAGUUUUCGAAUAAUUUAUCACAGUAAGUUUGAAGAACAUAGUCUCGCUUCAGAAGAUGAGCUUUGGUACUAGGGAGCCGCUUUCUACGGGUUAACAUUCUUCUGAGGAACCACAUUUCUACAGCUUGGCAGGGAACAGAAAUGCCCUCCAUGCAAGGAAGAUCAGUGUUCACCCAUUUUACUAGGUCUUGCUAGUUUGUUGCAGUACCUCACCUGUCGUGUAGUUAGGACAGAUCCACUCACCUGCCUCCCACACAGUCGUGUGUGUGUGUGUGUGUGGCUGUGAUGUCAAUGUUCUGCCCUAUUUGUGUGACGGUUGAACUGCUUCAGGUCUCUUGGUUGUGUGGAUGGAGCACAAAGGAACACUUGCAUAUGAGUUGCUGGUCAAAAAUAGUCUAUUUGGUUGUGGUGUUGCUGUGUAAUUCUUGUAUGUUUAAUCUAUUGUCAUAUUAUCUUGUUUGUAUUCCAAAAGACAUCUUGGGGUGGUAAGAUCAUAACAAUGUUUCCAUCAGGCUACGUCAGAAUAUUUUUGCAAAACAAUUAGCAUCCCUCUAAACCUUGGAUUAAUUUCCUUUUACUAUCAACAAGAUAAUCUUAAGUGUAAGAGAUUCUAGUCACUGUUUUGAGAAAAUUGUCUUAGUUACAUAAAUUCCAGUUUGAUCUAUAUCAUACUAAUUAUAAAUGUCCUCUGUACUCUUCACUGUGACCUUGGAAAUAUAAACUUUUGUAUUGGGA